AUGGCAAGGAAGAAAUUUUCUGGAUUAGAAAUCACUCUGAUUUUCCUCUUUGCUAUAGUAACUAUAAUAGCUAUUGCACUAAUUGCUGUUUUAGCAACUAAGACACCUGCUGUUGAAGACAUCAGUAGUUCUACUUCCACUCCUGCUACAACCCGUACCACCACCGUAAAUCCAUCUGGUUUAGGAAAGUGUCCAACUGAGUUAAAUGAUCCUAUAAAUGAGAGAAUAAACUGCAUUCCAGACCAAUUUCCAACACAGGCAAUUUGUGCUCAGAGAGGCUGCUGCUGGCGGCCAUGGAAUUACUCUUAUAUUCCUUGGUGCUUCUUUGCAGAAAACCAUGGCUAUAAUGCUCAGGAAAUAAAAACAACAACUACAGGACUUGAAACCCAGUUAAAUAGAAUACCUUCACCUACUCUAUUUGGAAAUGACCUUAACAGUGUUCUCUUUACAACUGAACAUCAAACACCUAAUCGUUUACGGUUCAAGAUUACUGAUCUAAAUAAGAAUAGAUAUGAAGUUCCGCACCAGUAUGUGAAAACAUUUACUGGACCUGCUACUUCUGAAGCAUUGUAUGAUGUGACAGUUAAGCAAGAACCGUUUAGCAUCCAAGUUAUUAGAAAAAGCAAUAAAAAUAUUUUGUUUGAUACCAGUAUUGGUCCCUUGGUGUAUUCUGACCAAUAUUUACAGAUCUCAACAAGACUUCCCAAUGAAUACAUGUAUGGUUUUGGAGAGCAUGUUCAUAAGAGAUUUCGUCAUGACUUAUUCUGGAAAACUUGGCCAAUCUUUUCCCGGGACCAACUUCCUGGUGAUAACAAUAAUAAUUUAUAUGGACAUCAAACAUUCUUCACGUGUAUUGAAGAUACUUCUGGAAAGUCAUUUGGUGUUUUCUUAAUGAAUAGCAAUGCAAUGGAGGUUUUCAUCCAGCCUACUCCUAUAGUAACUUACAGAGUUACUGGUGGCAUUUUGGAUUUUUACAUCUUUCUAGGUGAUACUCCAGAACAAGUAGUUCAACAGUAUCAAGAGCUCAUUGGACUGCCAGCAAUGCCAUCAUACUGGAGUCUUGGAUUCCAACUGAGUCGCUGGAAUUAUAAGUCACUAGAUGUGGUGAAAGAAGUGGUGCAAAGAAACCGGGAUGCUGGCAUACCAUUUGAUACACAAGUUACUGAUAUUGACUACAUGGAAGACAAGAAAGACUUUACUUAUGAUGCAGUUGCUUUUAAAGGGCUCCCUGAAUUUGUUGAAGAUUUGCAUGCCCAUGGACAGAAAUAUGUCAUCAUCUUGGACCCUGCAAUUUCCAUAGAAAAACGUGCCAAUGGAGCCGCAUAUGCAACCUAUGACAGGGGAACUGAAAAACAAGUGUGGGUAAAUAAUUCAGAUGGCACUGCAUCAGUUAUUGGAGAGGUAUGGCCAGGACUAACAGUAUAUCCUGAUUUCACUAGUCCACAAUGCAUAGAUUGGUGGGCUGAUGAAUGCAGUCGUUUCUAUCAAGAAGUGAAAUAUGACGGACUUUGGAUUGAUAUGAAUGAAGUUUCCAGCUUUGUUCAAGGCUCUAAGGAUGGAUGUGAGGCCAACAAAUGGAAUUAUCCACCUUUUACUCCUGAUAUUCUUGACAAAGUUUUGUAUUCCAAAACAAUUUGUAUGGAUUUUAUGCAACACUGGGGAAAGCAAUAUGAUGUUCACAGCCUCUAUGGAUACAGUAUGGCUAUAGCUACAGAGAAAGCUGUAGAAAAAGUUUUUCCUAAUAAGAGAAGCUUUAUCCUCACCCGGUCAACUUUUGCUGGAUCUGGAAGGCAUGCUUCGCAUUGGUUGGGAGACAAUACUGCUUCAUGGGAACAAAUGGAAUGGUCUAUCACAGGAAUGCUGGAGUUCAGUUUAUUUGGAAUGCCUUUGGUAGGAGCAGAUAUCUGUGGAUUUGUGGCUGAAACCACAGAAGAGUUGUGCAGAAGAUGGAUGCAACUCGGGGCAUUUUAUCCAUUUUCUAGAAACCAUAAUGCUGAUGGAUAUCAGCAUCAGGAUCCUGCAUUUUUUGGACAGAACUCUCUUUUGGUUAACUCAUCGAGGCACUAUUUGACUAUUCGCUACACAUUAUUACCUUUCCUCUAUACUCUAUUUUACAAAGCCCAUCAGUUUGGAGAAACAGUAGCAAGGCCAUUUCUUCAUGAGUUUUAUCAGGAUAGAAAUAGUUGGGUUGAAGACACUCAGUUCUUAUGGGGUCCUGCAUUGCUUAUUACUCCUGUCUUAAAGCAGGGAGCAGAAACAGUGAGUGCAUAUAUCCCUGAUGCUACUUGGUAUGAUUAUGAAACUGGUGCAAAAAGACCAUGGAGAAAACAACGUAUUGAUAUGCCUCUUCCACCAGACAAAAUAGGAUUACAUAUUAGAGGAGGUUAUAUUAUCCCCAUUCAACAACCUAAUGUAACCACAACUGCCAGCCGCCUGAACCCCUUAGGACUUAUAAUUGCAUUAGAUGAAAACAACACAGCAAACGGAGACUUCUUCUGGGAUGAUGGAGAAACAAAAGAUACCAUACAAAAUGGCACCUACAUAUUAUAUACAUUUUCAGUUUCUAAUAAUAAUUUAAAUAUUACAUGUACUCAUUCAUCGUACCAGGAAGGAACUACUUUAGCAUUUGAGACUAUAAAAAUCCUUGGGUUGACAGACUCUGUUACAGAAGUUACUGUGGCAGAAACAAAUCAAGCAAUGACUCUUCACACAAGUUUUACUUAUGAUGUCUCCAACAAGGUUCUCCUGAUUUACAAUCUCACUUUUAAUCUUGGAAAAAGUUUUAAAGUUCAGUGGAAUCAAAUUUUUUCUGAAAAUGAAAAGUUUACUUGUUACCCGGAUGCAGACGGUGCAACUGAACUAAAGUGUAACCAACGUGGUUGUUUAUGGGAAAUGACUUCUUUUAGUUCCAGAGCACCUGAGUGUUAUUUUCCUAGACAAAACAACCCUUAUGUGGUCAAUGCCAUCAGUUAUUCAUCAACGGGUAUAACAGCUGCCCUACGGUUGAAUACUGCUAAUGCUCGGAUCACAUUACCUUCUGUGCCUAUCUCGACUCUUCAAGUGGAGGUGAAAUAUCACAAAAAUGAUAUGCUGCAAUUUAAGAUUUAUGAUCCCCAAAAUAAGAGAUAUGAAGUUCCAGUACCAUUAAACAUUCCAACUACUCCAACAAGUACUUAUGAAAACAGACUUUAUGAUGUUGAAAUCAAGGAAAAUCCUUUUGGCAUCCAGAUUCGUAGGAGAAGCACUGGAAGAGUUAUUUGGGAUUCUCAUCUGCCAGGAUUUGCUUUUAAUGACCAGUUCAUUCAAAUAUCUACUCGUCUGCCAUCACAAUAUAUAUAUGGAUUUGGGGAAGUGGAACAUUCAGCAUUUAAGAGAGAUAUGAACUGGCAUACUUGGGGAAUGUUUACAAGAGACCAGCCCCCUAAUUAUAAACUUAACUCCUAUGGAUUUCAUCCCUAUUACAUGGCUCUGGAAGAAGAGGGCAAUGCUCAUGGAGUUCUCUUACUCAACAGCAAUGCAAUGGAUGUUACAUUCCAGCCAACUCCUGCUCUAACUUACCGAAUGAUUGGAGGAAUUUUGGACUUUUAUAUGUUUUUGGGCCCAACUCCAGAAGUUGCAACAAAGCAAUAUCAUGAAGAUGUUCAAUACACAGACAUUGAUUACAUGGAAAGGCAAUUAGAUUUCACAAUUGAUGAUGAAUUCCGUGAACUUCCUGCGUUUGUUGACAAAAUAAGAGGAGAAGGAAUGAGAUACAUUAUUAUCCUGGAUCCAGCAAUUUCUGGAAAUGAAACAAAGUCAUACCCUGCAUUUGAAAGAGGGCAGGAGAAAGAUGUCUUUGUCAAAUGGCCUAACACCAAUGAUAUUUGUUGGGCAAAGGUUUGGCCAGACUUGCCUAAUAUUACAAUAGAUGAAAGUCUAACUGAAGAUGAAGCUGUUAAUGCUUCCAGAGCUCACGUAGCUUUCCCAGAUUUCUUCCGGAAUUCCACAGCGGAGUGGUGGGCAACAGAAAUUACAGAUUUCUACAAUACCAAGAUGAAGUUUGAUGGCUUGUGGAUUGAUAUGAAUGAACCAUCAAGUUUUGUCAAUGGAACCACUACUAAUCAGUGCAGAAAUAAAGAGCUAAACUUCCCACCGUAUUUCCCAGAACUCACAAAAAGAACUGAUGGGUUACAUUUCAGAACUAUGUGUAUGGAAACUGAGCAUAUUCUUAGUGAUGGUUCAUCAGUUUUGCAUUAUAAUGUUCACAAUCUAUAUGGAUGGUCACAGAUGAAACCUACUUAUGAUGCAUUGCAGAAAACAACUGGGAAAAGAGGGAUUGUUAUUUCCCGCUCCACAUAUCCUACUGUUGGACGAUGGGGAGGACACUGGCUUGGAGAUAACUAUGCACGAUGGGACAAUUUGGACAAAUCAAUCAUUGGUAUGAUGGAAUUUAGCCUCUUUGGAAUAUCAUAUACUGGUGCAGAUAUCUGUGGCUUCUUCAACGAUUCGGAAUAUCAUCUCUGUGCCCGCUGGACACAACUUGGAGCAUUUUAUCCAUACUCAAGAAAUCACAAUAUUGCAAAUACUAGAAGACAAGACCCUGCAUCCUGGAAUGAAACUUUUUCUGAAAUGUCAAGAGAUGUUCUAAAAAUCAGAUACACAUUAUUGCCUUAUUUCUAUACACAAAUGCAUGAAAUCCAUGCUCAUGGUGGCACUGUAAUUAGACCCCUUUUGCAUGAGUUCUUUGAUGAAAAGGCAACCUGGGAUAUAUAUAAGCAGUUUUUGUGGGGGCCUGCAUUUAUGGUUACUCCUGUAUUAGAACCUAAUGUUGAAAGUGUAAGAGGCUAUGUCCCUAAUGCUCGAUGGUUUGAUUAUCACACAGGCCAAGAUAUUGGUUUGAGAGGACAAUUUAAUACUUUUAAUGCUUCUUUUGAUAAAAUAAACCUACAUGUCCGAGGUGGCCACAUCCUACCAUGCCAAGAGCCUGCUCAGAACACAUUUUUCAGUCGACAAAAUUACAUGGAACUCAUUGUUGCUGCAGACGAUAAUCAGAUGGCACAAGGAUCUCUGUUUUGGGAUGAUGGGGAAAGUAUAGAUACCUAUGAAAGAGGCCUGUAUUUCAUGGUACAAUUUAAUUUAAACAAGAACAACUUGACAAGCACUAUAUUGAAAAAUGGUUAUGUAAAUGAAGCUGAAAUGAGGCUUGGAUUAAUCAAAGUAUGGGGAAAAGGAACGACUCCUAUCAAGGAGAUUAGUCUCAUAUAUAAAGGAAAUAAAGAGUUACUUCCAUUUACUGACAAUCCAAAUGCUGAGAUAUUAAGUAUUGAUCUGAAAGCAAAGAAUGUUACUCUGGAUAAACCAAUAGAAAUCUCUUGGUCAUGA